AUGCCUCGUCAUAGCAAGAAUAAUACAGCCCUUUCGUUCUUUACCUAUGCAGAGAGCCAGGCUCUCGAUUAUGGCACCAAGAAGCAACGUCUGGGCCGCGAUUCAAUGCGCAAUUUUGACGCUUGCUUUUUAUGUCUACAGCGUGCACGAGAUCCACAAGUGAGAAUUGCGCCAUUAUCUUCAAACAAAAAGAGUCGCAAUGGAACCAAAGAAAAGACGCCGGAGUUGAGUAAUAUAGACAAAAAUGCAGCAUCUAGUGUUCCUAAUACUCAGACUAGGACUGGGACUAAAAGAAAUAUUGACGAAGUAGGAGAGGCAAUUGAAGGAACCAACAAAAAACAAAAUUUUCAUCUUGACGGGGACGAACUUCGAGCGAUUGCUCAACGGGAACAUGAGGAGGCACUGAAGAGGCUGGAAGAACAGAAGGCAGAAGCUGCCAAGCCGAAAUUGCCCAACUUCUGGUUGCCUUCACUUACUCCAUCUGCUGAUCCAGACGAGGUUCAGACGAUUAAAUUGCGAACUGUUUGUACCGCUAGUGAUCCCGAACAUCCUAUAAGUAUCAAGGCACUCAUUGCGACCAAGUGGACCGAAGUUGAAGAUGCAAAUUCAAAGUCAUUUGUCUGUCCAUCAUGCCGUCGAACCUUGACAAACACGAUAAAAAUAUCACUUACGAAACCAUGUGGACACGUAAUAUGCAGUUCGUGUGUUGAUAAAUUUGUAAAAAAAUCGAAAAAAUGUUUUGUGUGUGAUGUAAAAUGCAAAGAUAAAGAUGUAAUUGAUAUGUCGGGUGAAGGUACUGGAUUUGCGAGUGGUGGUGGUAAAGUUGUCGCUCGAAAGUUUGAUGUUGCAUUUCAAUAA